AUGGGGGGUGUUCAAUAUUUGACGAAGUGGCACCAGCUGAGAUAUAAAACUGUGUUGCUGUACUGUCAACUCAAGGCCAAAAACUUUGAUGCAGUUGCAGAUGGGUUUAAGGAGGCAAAAGAUGAAUUUCAUGAUCGUAUAAACAAUGAAUGCAAUGGUGAAGCUUUUUUUUUCGAAACCUGUAGUGCGGUCAUUGACGCAAUGAGUAAGUGGGAAGAAACAGGUGAUCGUACCUAUUGGGAUGAGGCCAAACCAAUGUACGAUGACAAAUUGGAGAAAUGUAAUGCGUCUAUGCCUAAGGAUGAGCAGCAGGCGGAAGAGUUGGAGGGAAGGAUGAAUCGUUUCCCAAGUACAUUUAAUCGGAAAAAUGCAGCGGAUGUAAAACUAAAUCUGAGCUAUAUGAUAGGGAAUUUGGCACAAACAUUAAUGAAUGCAUUUAAAAUCUUCCAAUAG